ACGAAAUUAGCAAAUAAUAUAAUUUAUUUUAUCAUGCACAAUUUUAGGAUAGUUUCUACGCAUCGUAUUAUUAGAAGGUUUGUUUUCAGUUUUACUUAGCGGAAGAGAGGGUUUAAACUCUGCGUUACAUUGCAUUAGUGCUGUCCAAUGAGAGCUUGAAGUAGCUCGAAGUUUCUCCCUGUCCUGUUCAUGCCCAUUUGUUGACAAAAAAGAACGAACAGGACGGGAACAACUUCGAGCUACUUCGAGCUGCUCAUUGGACAGCACUAUUGAUUCCCCGAUUCAGUGUGUUACUUUACUAAGUAAUAGCAGUUUUGAGGCGGUAAGGAUAUAAUUUUGAUAAACAAAGUUGAUUUGAUUUAUUUUUUUUCUGGUGGUGCUAAACUGAUAAGCUUUAUUAACGUCUAUCUCCCUCUAUUUUGGUCACGAUCUUUCGGUAUCAUAAGCGAUCAGCACUCAUAAUAUUACUUAAUGUGUGGGGCACGCAUGGAACAUAUUUACGAAGCGUAUCAGCCGGCAAAACCCGGGAUUGAUCAGGAGUGUUAGGCUUGAUAUGGUUAUUCUAAUUCAGUUUGAUUAUUUAUAUUCUUAGGCAGCAAAUGAUUGGGAGCUUGUUAUAUAGCUAAUAGUAGUGGAAAAUUCGGUAGAAAAUAUGUUCUCCAAUUAAUAUCGUAAAAAAGGUCUAUAGAACAAUCACUAAUGCUUUGGGGCCAAUGAUGGAGGCCCCCACCCCCCCAUUAUUUUUUUGUUUCAGACGACCGGCUUUGAAGAACAGCAACAUCCAACAACAGAGAGGCAUGGAGGCAUGAUGGAGUUGGAUAGAUGGAUCUAAGAGAUAAUCGUUAUCCAUCUUCGUGGAGUUACUAUACUAAUCAUAAAAUCAUUGUCUCGUUUCAGCAAACGUAAAUCUUCUCAACUACAUUUCCCUUUCCUAUCAACUCUCUUUUCUUUUAAUGUAUCCGAUACUUGUGGGACUGGUUAAACCCAGCGCCUGCUUGUGGUUGGAAGCCGGUGUACUAUACGGUCUAGCGCAUGAUAACGGUGAAGGCUUGGUAGGUCUUCACCUAACUUAAGUGUAGAUGGGCGGACGCUGUUGGCCAGGGUGAAGGCUGAUAAAUUACAAUUACAAUAAGGACGAAGCAAUCAAAGAUAAAAUAGUUUUCGGUUUGAGAGACCAAGACUUGAAGCAUAAAUUACUUAUGAAGGACGAUAUGACAUUAGAAGAGGUUGAGCAAAUGGUAAUCAGGACAGAAUUAGCUAAGUGCCGUGCGAAAGAAUUAGUUGAAAGACAUGAAAAGCCAAGAGAAGUGAACUCAGUGAGAUAUCGGUUAGGUAAUCAGGCGAAAUGGAGUGAAAUUAGCAGGAACGGUAGGCAAAGUUACAGGAAUUACGGUCGACCAGUUCGUAGUAGGAGCAGAAGCUCCAGUAGAGAUCGUGAUCGUGGUCAAUUCAACAAUAAUCGUUACGACUAUCACAGACGAAACCGUAAUCUUAAUGAGCAUCAACAAGAAGGUAAUUUUUCGGGUAGAUUCGGUAAUAGAGAAGGAAACAAUCAUCAUAAUGUGAUUUGUAAUUUUUGCAAACUAAGAGGUCACGUAAAACGUAAUUGUUUUAAAUUAAAAAAUCGUAGAACCGUGAAUUUUAUGGAUGAGGCUCCGGUUGAGAUUAAUAGCUACGAUUUCAAGCGGUUGCAAAUAAGAGAUUCGGAUAAUAAUGACGAUGACUAUCCUUGCAUGAUGAUAGCUAGCAAUCGAUUUAGUAAACCAUGUAUUGUUGGAGCGUUGGUGGAAGGAAUUUUGCUGGAUAUGGAAAUCGAUUGUGGUGCAGGAGUUACAGUUAUCAGUCUGGCAACAUACAGAGCGUAUUUCAAUCGUAUGAAGACCUUCAAAUGCAACAGCCGUUUGGUUGUUGUUAACGGCCAACAGUUAUCUAUUUUUGGUGAAAUAUCAGUGAAUGUGGUAGCCAACUACAUUCAACAGCAGGUCACUUUAGUUAUACUGGAUUGCGUAAAAAGUUUCGUGCCUUUGUUCGGCCGGAAUUGGCUGGACAUUUUCUAUCCUAAUUGGAGAAACACUUUCGGUAAUUCCAUAAUGAUCAAUACGAUGAGUAAGGAUGGGCACUACAAUUCAGAGAAAAUCCAUGACAUGGGUAAUAUUGAAUCGGAUAUUAAAUCUCGUUUUCCUAAAGUUUUUGAUGGUGAUUUUUCAUAUCCAAAAACAGGAUUGGAAGCUGAUCUUGUUUUGAAAGAGGACAGACCAAUAUUUAGAAAAGCUUACAACGUGCCGUUUAAAUUGAGGGAAAAGGUAGUUGAUCAUCUGGAUUCACUUGAGAAACAAAAUGUUAUUUCGCCAUUACAGGUACAACUGUAACGCACACCGGAAUCAACUAAAGAUUGUGGGGCCACGACAAUCGAAUUCAACGUUUCGAGUAUCUAUCCAGCAAGAAAAACGACGAAGGGAAUCCAUAGACUCCGAGGAUGAGUUACUCGGGUUCCCGGAUGAACUCCAUGCGCACGAAGUGAAUUUCCAGCGUAAAAGGCAGAAAACAAGAAGAACUAGCCCAAUUCAAACACGAAGUUAUUCGCGAUCAGCUAAACAAAACUAAAAAAAAAAGAAGGAGCCAGUAGCAAUGUAAGCAACUUGAAUUGUCAUUGAGUCCUGGCUAUUGCAUGAAGAAUUGAUGCAUUCGAAAAAAAUUAACAAUAGAGAGAAAGAUCAGAAAACAUUGAGAAAUCAAAUUGUCAGAAAACCUUGGAAAAUCAAAUUGUAUUGUCAAUUGUAUGACAUUCUGAAUUUAUUGAACGAUAAAAUCAAGCCAUGAAAACAAAUUGAAUUUACGAUUUAAAAUUUCGACUAAUGUUAGCUUUCAAAUGAUUAUCAUGUAAUAUCGGAACUAAAGAGGGAAGGAUUGUAAUAUUCGGUCAAAUUGUCUAAACCCAUUUCGAAUAUACUCGGGUAGAAAGCCGAUGAUUCAAAUUAAGAGAGAAACUGUAUGUGAGAGAUUAUCAGGUCCAUAUGAAUAAACGUUCGAGGCACACUGUCUCUUGUUCUUUGAUAUUCAAACCUAACAGUUGUGUUAAUUAGUUGAUCCUAAAGAAAAAACCUAAG